UUCGCCUUGUUUACAGUUUUUUUUUUGAAGAAAAAGAACAAGAAUAGAAAAAAAUCAAUGUAAACAAUUGGCAAAACAUAAAAAUUAGUUAAAAUUUAACGAAAAUAUAUAAAAUAUUAAUUAAAAAUGGGUUUAAUAGAAACAACAGUACCCAGUCAUGAUAAAACAACACAAAUUGUUCCAGUCUUUCCGGAAAAUACAACAUUGCCAACAAUAGAAAUACCUGAAGAGGGCAGUUUUUAUAUACUAAUACCACUGGGUGUCCUCCUGGGCAUUGUUAUAUUAGCUUUAUUGGUGUAUCUGAUGGCCAGCCAUAGAAGACGUUUGGUGCAUUUGUACUGUAAGAAGCGUCAGGGUAGACGUUUCCUAUAUGAAGAUAACGAAUAUGAUUCUCCUUUGGAACAAGAUCCCGACGCUGUGGAGGAAGAGGAAGAUGAGGUAGACAAUGAAGAUAAUCCCACAAAAAGUUUACUUAGAGGAAAAUUACAAAUAAAUAAUCGUUAUGAAAAUUAUUUAAGUACUUCACAUCUCAACAGAACUUCCGAUCUAUUUACUUAAUAAUAUGCCUUAUUCCAGUAUUAUUUACAAAAAAAAAAAAAACAGUAUUAAAUGAAGAAAACUACAGCUGCUAGUCAACACAAAUAUAUCUUUUACUGCACCCAAACGAACAUUUCCCAAAAAAUAUCAAGCAACUGCAACAAAUAACGAACAAUUAUAUUCAAUUUUAAAGUAAUAUUUAGUGAAAAUUUAUUAAAUAUAUUUAUUCAAUUAUUUUAAAAA